AUGGACAUGAUAAAUAGUAGUGCAGUGUCAUCCUCCAUUGCACUUGUUUUCAUUGCUGCAGUAAUCACCAAGGUUGCAUGGGGACGAAUAACAGCUGAUCCGGCAUCACGCAAUACCCCGCCUCAUCCCCCUGCGGUUAGCGGCAGUUCAAUCAUUCCACUUUUACACACACUUGUCACUAAGGGUUUCAGAACCAUGCUUCAGGAGCAAUACACAAAGUUCGGAAGUGUGUUCACGAUAAGUUUCUUGGGGAUGAAAACAACGUUCCUGGUUGGGCCGGAGGUCUCGGCUCAUUUUUACCAGGGACCGGAGUCUGAGAUCAGUCAAGGUAGUUUCCUUGAGUUCACUGUCCCCAUGUUUGGCAAAGAUGUCGGCUAUGGUGUAGAUAUCGCCACCCGGACUGAGCAGAAUCGCUUCUAUCUUGAUGUGCUGAAACCGGCUAAGUUGAGGUGCCAUGUUGCUCCCAUGCUUCAGGAAGUGGAACCAGGUCCAGGGCUGGGAUCCCCGAAUCCGAGCCCAGGAUGCACGGAUCUGGCUUCUCACCGGCCAACUUGCUUCUUGCCAUUCAUCUGGAUAGCCAUUGGAGCAGAGAAGAACUUGAGGAAGAUGACAGAGGGUGGGAAUGGGAGAGAAAUACUUUGCGAAAUGGGGACAGCAAGGGCGAGUGCUAGGCUCUCAAGCAUUUUCGCUGAGAUUGUUCGAUCGCGUAAGAGCUCCAACCGAGUCGAGGAGGAUGUUCUGCAGAACCUGAUGGGCUCCAAAUACAAGGAUGGCCGCCCCACGACUGAAGCUGAGGUUACUGGGCUCAUAAUGGCCAUCCUCUUUGCAGGGCAGCACACAAGCACGGCCACCAGCACGUGGACUGGAGCUCGCCUUCUAAGCCACACAGAGUGCUUGGAGGCUGCCCUUGAGGAGCAGCAGCAAAUCGUCAAGAAACAUGGGGACAACAUAGACUACGAUACCCUUCUGGAGAUGAGCUUCCUACACUGCUGCAUCAAGGAGGCGCUGCGGAUGCACCCUCCAGGACCAAUAUUUCUUAGCAAGGUGCACAAGAACUUCACCGUGCGAACUAGAGAAGGCUAUGAGUAUGAAAUUCCGAAAGGUCAUACCAUAGCAAGCCCUCUGGUGAUAAACCACAACAUUCCCUACAUUUACAAGGACCUUGAUGUGUAUGACCCGCACCGGUUUGGUCCUGGAAGGGAGGAAGAUAGACUUGGUGGCAAGUUCACUUACAACACGUUCAGUGGUGGAAGACAUGCUUGCCCUGGUGAAGCUUAUGCCUAUAUGCAAGUGAAGGUGAUAUGGAGCCAUUUGCUGAGGAACUUUGAGCUCAAGUUGGUGUCACCAUUCCCCGAGACCGAUUGGCUAAAGGUUACCCCAGAACUUAGAGGGAAAGUGGAGGUGAGUUACAAAAGACGGAUGCUACCUAGGAGCAUGCUGGAAAACUGA